GGCAAGUUCUGUCACCAAACCCCGGGUUCACUGUUUCAGACAGACACAGGCCACUGUGCCCAGCUUUGACAUGGAUCCUAGGGGUCGUCAUGCCUGCCCUAAGUGCUUUACCCACUGAACCAUCUCCCCAGUUUCUUAGUUGUGAACUGAGGCAAGGACCUGAAAUUCCCGUGACACAUGUUCAGACAUCAUACUCUAUCCCAUGAAUAUGUACGGUUAGUACGUGUCAACUUGGAUGAAUAUGCCUAACUUAAAAGGAAAAUGUUCCAUUAGCAUCAUGAUAAUCAAUACAGAAAAUGAGAUGCAGACCUAAAGGCAACUAGCAACCUGGCAUGUCUUACACUAACAGUGUGUUUGCUAACUGUCCCUUUCCUUGUAAUUAUUAUUGUUGUGCCCUUUAAAAAACGAAAAAAAGUGGAAAGUGUUUAAUUCAUUAAAAUCCUUCUUAGAUUCUGGCCAAGCCACAGUUAGCACCUUUUUUAUUGCCCUGUUCCUUACCUAACACAAUCACUGAAUGUCCACACUGCGGUUGUACUAUGCAGCCCUUGUAUGUGACCCUUAGUAGAUGCAGGCCUAAAAUCGACCUGCAUAUGAACCCUGCUUCUGCCUUGCAGUGGACACUCAGCCUUGAGUGAGCGUCUCCGUGUCUUAGUUUCCUCUUCUAUAAGGUAAUAUCUAAUCACGACCUCAUAGAAGCAACACAGACAGACUGGUUACCUGUCCCAAUCAGUGUUCAUGUAAUCCUCACAGCAACUCCUAGAAAGUUCCAUCUCCAUGAUACAGGUGAAGCAACUGAGGCAUCCCUAUGUCAUAUGACCGGUCAUCUGCAGGGCCAAGGAUUCUAAGGCAGGUAGGUUCCAGAGUUCACGUUUUAACCACACCCACAGCCUCUGCAAAUGAGGCCAUAUCUGCUAAAAAGCUGGUUUGAAUGCACCGAGUGUUUGGCAAGUGUCUGCUAGGUAGCAGCUGUGGUUGUUAUCCAAGGUCUGUCCUGUCUUCACUCUGCACAGCCUUUUAGUCGGGUUUGAGAAUAAAAGAGGUUGAUAGAAGAGAAGACAGUCCGGGGAGGCGGAGAUAGAAUGUGAAAAGGGACAGAGAAGCAACAAGGUAGAGGGACCUGUGAAUACCUUGGAAACAAGUGUUGCUGGCUUGGCCUUGAGAGAACAGGGUGCCUAUUCGCCACAGAAAAUGGAAGCCCCAGUCUUGCCAAUUGCAUUGCAAAUACACACUGACUGGGCAUGCCUCAGAUACCUGAGAAAGUCGCCUUCGAUCCCACCCUAGCCCGGAGGCGCAGCUCAGGCGUGGGCCCGGCUUCCCUAGUUCAUCUCGAGAGUCCGCCCCACGCCGGGCGGGGCCUGGCCGGACCACUCUACCGGUGGCCCGCCAGCCCUGGGACACCAGCCACGAGGUGGCCCGCGCGCGGGGCUGGGGCUCGAUGGCUACGUGGAGGCGGGAUGGCCGGCUAACCGGCAGCCAGCGGCUCCUGUGUGCAGGGCUGGCGGGGGCGUUGAGCCUCAGCCUCACCGCGCCCCUGGAGCUCGCCACCGUGCUGGCCCAGGUCGGCAUGGUGCGAGGCCACUCCCAGGGGCUGUGGGCCACUGGACGCCGAGUGUGGCUAGCUGAGGGGCCGAGGGCCCUGUGGAAGGGGAACGGCGUGGCAUGCCUGCGCCUCUUCCCCUGCAGCAUGGUGCAGCUGGCCGCCUACCGAAAGUUCGUUGUGCUGUUCAUGGAUGACCUGGGCCGUAUUUCCCAGUGGAGCGCCAUUGUGGCUGGAAGUCUUGCAGGCAUGGUUUCUAUGAUUGUCACAUACCCUACAGACCUCAUCAAAACCCGGCUGAUUGUGCAGAACAUGCUGGAACCAUCUUAUAGGGGUCUUAUCCAUGCUUUUUCUACUAUUUAUCAACAAGAAGGGUUCCUGGCCCUUUAUCGAGGGGUGUCCCUCACUGUUUUAGGUGCUGUUCCCUUCUCUGCUGGCUCCCUUCUAGUUUACAUGAACCUGGAGAAAAUCUGGAAUGGACCCCGGGACCGCUUCUCUCACCUGCAGAACUUUGCCAAUGUCUGCGUGGCUGCUGCUGUGAGCCAGACUCUUUCCUUUCCCUUUGACACUGUGAAGAGAAAGAUGCAGGCUCAAAGUCCUUAUCUCCCCCACUGUGGAGGAGUGGAUGUCCAUUUCUCAGGAGCAGUGGACUGCUUCCGGCAGAUAGUGAAGACCCAAGGGGUGCCGGGGCUCUGGAGCGGACUGACAGCUAACUUACUAAAGGUAGUUCCAUAUUAUGGAGUUAUGUUUAGUAUGUUUGAGUUCUGUAAGAGAAUUUUUCUUUAUCAAAAUGGUUACAUCCUGUCCCCAGUGACCUAUAAAUUGACCCCAGGGGUGGACCAAAGUUUGAAGCCCCAGGAGUUACGGGAAUUAAAGAAGUUCUUCAAACCCAGAAAACUGGAAUCUAAAAAGCCAACUCUGUAAAGCUGACUGGAAGAAGGCUGGUAGAAGACAUGCGCAAUCACAGAUGACUAUGGCCUCUUACCUGUGCACGUCAGAAGGAACAAUACAUCACCUGGGAACCCCGAAUCUUCCCUGUGAAUACCUGUGCCUUGAAAAGCUUUUCUGACACUGCUCUGUCGCAAUGGCACUCCACCAGACUACAAGGAAGCCUAGUAGCAAUCAGAUGCGCAGUAUACCCCAGGAGAAACCUCGGGAAGGAACAUUGCCGCAACACUUCAGAGCACCUUGUAGCUGAGGUAGCAGGGCAGAGAGCAUGUCACGAGCCCAGUCAUGGAAGUGCAGGUAGAGUAGGGCAAGUUUUUCUCACAUUGACCUGUGGCUUCACCACACAGACUUCUUAAACUCAUACCUUUGCUGAGAGCACCAACCACCAUGUCAGUUAGGCCUUAUCAAAAACACCAAAUGAAAACGUUUAGAUGGUUUUUUUUUUUUUUCUAAAUGAUCUUGCUACAAAAUCCAGGCUGCUCUCAGAGUCAUGGUCUUCCUGCCUAGACUCCCAGCCAGCUGAGAUUAUAAGUGUGUACUGCAAUGCUCAUCCUCAGAACCUUCAUUCUUCAUUGAAAAAUCAGGCACCUGGAGCCCAUGGUGGUGGUGCACGCCUUUAAUCCCUGCACUGGAGAGGCAAAGACAGGUGGAUCUCUGUGAGUUCGAGGCCAUCCUGGGCUACCGAGUGAGUUCCAGGAAAGGCUCCAAAGCUACAUAGAAAAACCCUGUCUCAAAAAAGAAAGAAAGAAAAAGAAAAAUCAGGCACCAGAAGCUUAGAAACUUCUACUUCAAGAAGGCAGUUUUCCAUAUGACUUUUUGUUUUGUUUUGUUUUUCUGAGACAGGGUUUCUCUGUGUAAACUUGGCUGUCCUGGAACUCACAGAGAUCUGCCUGGCUGUGCCUCCCGAGUGCUGGGGUUAAAGGCGUGCGCCACCACCGUCCCAUGACUUCUUAAUGAUGCACUGAAAUUCCUGACUCAAGUCAUGCACAGUUCCAUCGGCCUUAAUUAUCUGCCUUUUUAACUUGCUUUGUAAGCCUACCUUGAAAAUAAAUUAUUCAAUCAUCUUCCACUAUUCCCACAAGAUGUCCUAGUUGCCUAGAUAGGAUAAAUAGAACAUAUGAUACACAUACUUCCCCGCAAAUGGCAUGAAAUAAAAAUCCUUUAGGCUAAUAACCCAUUGGAGAGGUUUUUGUUUGGUUGGUUGGUUUUGUUUUAAUGUACUCAAAUGGGGAUUCCGUGUAAAAUUUAUACAAAUAUACUUCUCUAAUACUACCAUUGUAUGCAUUUUAAAAUGCAUUAAUAUGUAACAAUAUGUGGUGGUGCCCAUCUGCAAUCACAGCCCUUGGGAGGCUAAGGCAAGAAGACCAUGAGUUCAAGUCCAUCCUUAGUUACAUAAGUAAGUUCAGGUUCCUCAUAUACAUAUUGAAAUCUUAUCUCAGAAAAUAAUAGGUAAAUAAAUAAAUAUAUUUCUGAAAUGAAUUCACAUAUAUUUUCUGUUCCUUCCCUCUACCAUAUACAUGAAAGUUUUCAGAAUGUUUAAAGUAUUUUUUUUAUUAAACUUAUUUUCUAAAGGAAAAAAAAAUGGGGCUGGAGAGUUGGCUCAGCAGUUUAGAGCACUUGUUGCUUUGCAGAGGACCUGGGUUCAAUUCCCUGCACCUACCUGCAUGGUGGCUCAAAACCAUCCAUAACUCCAGUCCCAGGGAUCUAAUACCCUCUUCUGAACUCAAGAAGCACCAGACAUGCACCUGAUGCACAUACAUACAUGCAGAAAAACACCCACAUACAUAAAAUAAAUAAGUCUAAAUUUUUUUCCUUAAAUUUUUUAAAGGAGAGAAAACUGUCAUUUAUUCCUAAUCAAAGUUAUAAAACUAUGGUUAAGUUCUCAGACCAUAGUCUGGUUUACAUAUACAAAAUAACUCAUUUUUCCAACUCCUGUAGCAGACUGUUUUAUAGAGAGUAGUGUUGACGUGUAGCCUGAUGUGUUAGUGUCUGUGGGGAGGCAAAUACUGCAUCCAGUCAACACUCCAUGUUUGUCCGUUGUGGUUUUCUUUGAAGCAACAAAACAAAAUUUCAGAAAAUGCUGAAUUCUAUGAGUGUAGUUUUUGAUAAAAGUUGCAAUCUAACCUCAGAUUAUUUAUAUCUUAGUACUCUGUGCAUUCUUCCACAAAUACAAGACAGAUGCCACUUGGCACAGAGGUAUUUUCUUAGCUGCAGGGUUUGUUGUUGUUUUGAUUUGGUUUUUGAAGAGUUACUUUUAGUUAUUUGUGUGUUGGGUACACGUAUAUGAGUUGCAGGCACCUGUGGAGGCCAGAGACAUCAGAUCCCUUGGAUCUAGAGUUACAGGUGGCUAUAUGCUACUGACCAUGGUUGUUGGAAACUUCUAUAGAUCAGCAUGUGCUCUUACUAAUUAAGCCAUCUCUCUAGCCUCACUGAGUUGCAAUUUUUUUCAAUAAAAUCAAGAAUGUGUCUCA